AUGGCGUCCGUGGAGGCGCUACUGCGUCUCCCCACCGAUGAGGUUCAAUUAUGUCCUCCUGUCGUUACCGACGGGGAUCUCUCUGUUGUUUUUCGUGAGAUGGAGACAAUCAUGCGGAAGUGCCUCUACGCCGUGCGGCACGCCUUGGUGGCCCCCUUUUCUGUCUUUCUUCAUCUAUUGUUGCAGCCAGCUAUUUUGGAGUGUCAGGAUGUCUCGAGAGCUCUUUUGGCGCCCAUUGAAGAAGGGCGUUGCAUCGACCUGUUGGCAGGCAUCUGCGACACACUUUUAAGGCCCGAACAACACGAAUUCCGCGGCAAGCUUAACAUUGAGGGUUUUUUUGAGUUGAUCCAACAGCUCUGCGCCUUUUCGACUCUGAAGGAUCCGCUUGGCGUGGUACUGAUGCCAUGUUUUUUGACAUUUCUCCACGUUGCUGUGGAAAAGGAAGAUGACUACCGUCAAGGUCGUGGCUGCGCAAGCGUGCUCAUCACGCUCAUCCGCGGGUCAAAGGCCAACAAGAAUCGGAUGAGUGUUCAGUGUGGUCUCAUUGGGGAAGUCUUGACAAAGUCGAACGAUAUUUUUUUUCAAAUGCAGUGUGUUGAAAUGUUGUUUCGUCUCUAUACACACAAUCGUACAGUUUUGUCAACCUCAACACUACCUGAUUUUUUUAAGAAGUGUGUGCCGGAGCUUCCCAAUGAUGAAAAUCUGUUAACAAGCAUCCAGACAUUGCUUGACGCCUAUAAUAUGGAAUACGCUAGUUUUAAACGGCUCCAGUUUACGGCACUCCUUAUUGAGGCAGGUAAUGAAGAGGUGUGCGGCCACACAAGCAUGUAUUUUUUCCCAUUGAUUCUCGUCAUUAUGAUUCCAGGGUGCUCUGGGGAUAACAUCACCAUUCCGUACGAACACAUUCGUUCUGUAAAGCUUUCAAAAGAGCGGAAGCUUGGCCUUCGACUGCAUGUCAUCCCCGUAAGACUCUCUCAUCUCAUGAGCCAUGAUGGUGACAAAGAUACACUUAUGAUUUCAUUGACGCAGUCGACGUUCAGCGCUAUUCGAUCAUCUGGGGUUCACGAAUGGAUUGCCGAUAGAAAGCGUCGUGUUCCUAUAAGCCUUAUUCGGCAACAAAUAGAGGCAUCAUCAUUAGUAACCACAGCAGCUGCUGCUGCGAGGAGUUUUAAUUCCCGAAAUGCCACUAUAAAUGAUACAGGUUUUAUUCCGGAUGAGAAUGGCCAUUCUAUUUCUGUACCUACCGCGUCUCACGCCUCUGAGAAAGUUUUUCCUAAUCGUGGUGUGAAGAUGCAGCGACAACAAACGCACUCUGAACCGUCUUCACCAAAUGGAAAACAACCAGCCACUGAAAAAAAGGAGGUGGAGGUAGCAAAAGAGGUGGAGGAGUACGCGCUUCGUCAGCUACACGAAGCAGCUUCAUACAAGGUUGCGCGAAUGCGACAGGAUUGUCAGGGGGAGCUUCAAUGCGCUGUGGACUUUAUGCAAGAAGAGGUGGAGAAAAUGCGUCGACUUAAUGCGCGCGAGCGUGAUGAGUUUGAGGCCUCUGUGAGAGAAGAUUUAACAGCCGUACGGCAAGCUGAAGCCCAAUUAAAGGCGCGUGCUGCUGAAUGUGUGCAGUCGCUUAACCAGGAGCUGACCGAGAUUCAGGCACUGAGCGAGUUGCUGAAAGGUGAGGUGGGCAGACUUCGAGAAAAGCUAUUGGUCGCCCUUCAACGCUCCGAAUCUGUGGAGGAAGAGUCACUUGUUCGACUCAAAUCGAUGGUCGAUGAAGACAUGAGAUCGAUGGAGGAGAAUUUGUUGCAAUUGAUAUCCUCAACAAAUCCACUUUCCUUUUUGGCAAAAUAUCUCUCGCGAAAGCUAGACAGUGAUGAGGCAUACAGGGCUUAG